AUGAGCUACUUUUACAUGAACGGCCAGUUAUACUUUGGCACGCCACCGGCCCAACAACCUAGUGCGCAGCAGCCGAUGAUUCCCGGCCAGAACACGAAUGCCUUCGGUAAUCAGGGGCCCGUUGCGUAUGGAAACCAAGUCCCCGCACAGUUCGUAGCUCCCGUGCCGUAUAACGGUAGCGGUAGCGGUAGCGGUAGCGGAAUACAGCAUCAACGAUAUGCACAACCACAACCACAAUCACGUCCAUGUCCACGUCCACGACCACCUCCACAGCCAAAACCACAUCCAGAGGAGAUCAAGCAGAGCAUUUCGGCAGUCCAUACCUUCUGGGCCAACCGCAUGGCUACCACCUGCCACGUCUGCCGCAAGAAACUCAUCACCCGCAGCUUCGACGUCGUAGCAUGGAUUAAGCGCUGGACCAGCGUCGCCGGGCGCAACCGCGACAAGGCAACCCUGAUCUGCGCAGCGGAGUGCAUGAGCUGUGGUGGUGAUGGUGUCCUCACAUGCCUGGGCUGCGGGAAAAAGCCGAACAAGGACGCUCCUGUGCGCAGUGUGCAGAGUUAUUAUAUGCAGUGGUGCUGCCGGCUGGGCAGGAUGUUUAUCAUCUGGGUCAUGCUGGCGCGGUAUGACUUGAUGGAGAUCGAUAUGCAGCAUUCCGGCGCGGCGGCGGACGGGAAGGGAAAUAACAAUGCCGCCAGGAUGGCCGGGACGCUUGAUUCGCGGGGCGUGGGGUACGCGGCUGAGCGCUCGGGGAAUUUCAGCCCGUUUAUCAACUUGUAUUAUUCGGGUCCGCCGCCUGCGGUUCUUGAGCGGGCGAUCGAGUUUAAGAGCGAGGAUGCGAAGAUGGACGGGGUUACGGAGAUGAUGGCGGGGAUUGUGACGGAGCUGAUCCCGACGUGGAACAAUAGGGAUUUACCGCCAGAGCUGCACGCGAUGCUGCAGCUGACCAUGCUCAUUGAUCGGGCGACGGAUUUGCUGCGCAAUGACUCCAUUGAGGAGGUUAGCAAGCGUGCGGGGGUUUACUCGAGCGUGCUCUGCUUUGUACAGAGGAUUGGCGAGCAUCCUGAGCUUAGGGAUCUUGUGCAGGGACAGCGGUACUGCAAGCUUAGCACCGCGGGCUUGCAGGCGAUAUGUGAUGGUUUGGAGAAGGAUUGGGAGAAGGCGCUGAUAUUGGGUGAGAAGAUCCCGUCUCUGGCGGAGAGGCUGGAGCAGUUGGCGAAACAGAGCGAGAUCAUCCAGAGAUACACUGCUACGAAGUGCAUCAAGUCGACGCCGGAGGGGAAAGUGAUGAUGAAAUUGUGUAACGAAAUAACGGCUAUUUAUAAAGCGAUCGGUGGAUCUACAGGUGCAGGAGUUGCGCAACAGGGAGCAACGAUGAAGAAAACGGGGUUAUUCGCUGAGGAGAAAUGGGUGAAGUUCCACAAGGAGCGUUGCCUCCUUCGAAACGAUGCCGUGCUUCGGCAUGAGAAUAGUGUAUUUGCGUCGGCCGCGGCUAAGUUGACUCUCUGCUCGCCGGGUCGCAUGAAAAAGUUGGUCACCGAUAUUGCGGGCAUGUCCACAUCGUUGCCUCAGGGGAUUUUUGUUCAGGUGGGCGAAUCCCGGCCUGAUGUGAUGAGGUGUCUGAUCAUGGGCCAUCCCGAUACUCCUUACGCUUAUGGUCUUUUCGAUUUUGAUAUAUUCUGCGAUGAGAACUAUCCAAAACGACCGCCUUUAGUGCACUGCCGCACGGCUGUGAACCAUGCGGGAUUGAGUCCAAACCUCCACGACGAUGGGAAAGUCUGCCUCUCACUGCUAGGGACCUGGAAAGAAGGCGACCAGGCCGCACAAUGGCAGCCCGAUAAAUCAACCAUCCUAUCCGUCCUCAUCAGCUUGCAGGCCAUGGUCCUUUCCGAGGAUCCGUACCGCCAGGAACCCGCCCACAGCGGCGAAGUAGGACCACAGGCUGACGCCCAGGCGCGCAAAUAUAUCCUCGACUCCAGGCCGCUGAACGUCAAGUAUGCAAUGAUUGACUGGCUCCGGGAGCCGGGCAAGCGCAACGGGAUCUGGAUGAAUGUCGUGCGGGCGCAUUUCCGCAUCAACAAGACGCAGAUCUUGCAGAAGGUGAACGGGUGGGCGCGGGAGGAUUCGAGGAUUUCGAAGUGGCGUUCGUCCCAGCAGAGCACCAGAGCGUUCACGUUUCAGCAGAGGGUUUGGAACUUGCCGGGGGAGUUGAGGAGGGAGUUGGAUAAGUUGGGUUAGGCUGAGGGAUUCUGGGUGCCUUUUUCCUUUUUUUUUUUUUUUUUUUGUCCCCUUUUCUUGCAUGCUUCCUAUUUGUUGUUCCUGCUCUUGUUCUCAUUUUAAAUGCUCAAAAGACAUGGAUCUGGUGCUAGGUUGGAGUGAAAAAGCUGCCCUCUAACUGGGAUAGGAAUUGGCUCUUGUUUGUGUUUUCCUAUGUGAAUAGUCAGCCACAAUUAUAUUAAUUGCAGUAUAAACGGAUUUUAUGAACAUCAAAAGGGUAG